UUAUGAGAGAAUAUGAUGAAGAUGAUAACUAUGGCAGUAAAAAUGGCUGCUCUUCAAAGUUUCCACCACUCAACAGCUCAGACUGUGUGAGCUGCAGUGAGACAAAGUCUAAACCCAACAAAUCUUUUCUUGAGUUUUUGAAGAGAUCUUUAAUUAGAAGCCAUCACUCAUGUCAUCAAGCUUUGCCAUCACAAGCAAUGAAAACACAAGAAACUACAAUGGCAGAAUCACACUCUUUGUGGUUCUCUCUUGCAUUGUUGCUUCAUCUGGUGGCUUUCUUUUUGGCUAUGACAUUGGAGUCUCAGGGGGAGUAACAGCCAUGUCAUCAUUCUUGAAGAAGUUCUUCCCAGAAGUUCAUAAAAGGACACUAAAUAGAACACAAGGUGAUAAUUACUGCAAGUUUAACAGUGAGCUCUUGACGUUGUUCACAUCCUCACUCUACCUCUCUGGACUCAUUGCUUCCUUAUUCGCUUCAACGGUCACAAGAAAGUUCGGCCGGAGGAUGUCAAUUCUCAUCGGUGGAGCAGUGUUCUUGGCAGGUUCCGGUAUCGGUGCAGCCUCUGUUAAUCUUGAAAUGCUCAUUCUCGGCCGUGUUCUUCUCGGCAUCGGUGUUGGUUUUACUAAUCAGGCAAUUCCUGUGUAUCUGUCAGAGUUAGCACCACCACAGCACAGAGGAGCAUUCAACAAUGGAUUUGAAAUAUGUGUUGGACUUGGAAUUCUCUUUGCAAACAUUGUUAAUUAUGCAACUCAGAAGAUAGAAGGUGGUUGGGGAUGGAGAGUUUCACUGGCCAUGGCUGCACUUCCAUCUUCCUUCCUCUUCAUUGGAUCAAUCUUCCUACCUGAAACACCCAACAGCAUCAUCCAACACACUGGUGAUAUUCGAAAGGCUGCAAACCUCUUAAAAAGGAUCCGUGGCACCGAUGACAUCCAAGCCGAGCUCGAAGAUCUCAUAGCCGCGGCGAAUAACACUGCUUCCAAGCCUUUUUACACCAUCUUUCAACCAAAGUACAGACCUCAACUUGUUAUGGCAAUUGCCAUUCCUAAUUUUCAACUGCUCACAGGAAUCAGCUUGCUUGGAUUCUACUCCCCAAUCUUAUUUAGAACUAUAGGUUUCAAGGAGAGUGCUUCACUGAUGUUAACUUUUUUCACAAGGAUAGCAGCAAGCCUUUUCAACAUCAUAGUCAUGGUAUUGGUUGAUAGAGUGGGAAGAAGACCAUUGUUUUUGGUAGGAGGUGUGCAAAUGAUAGUUGCUGAGAUGGUUCUUGGCAUUGUGCUUGCUACUCAGCUUGGAGAUCAUGGUGGGAUGAGUGAAGGCUAUGGAUUUGUGGUUUUUGUCAUGGUGUGUGUUUUGAUUGCAGGAUUUAGUUUGUCAUGGGGACCAUUUGGAUGGUUGGUGCCCAGUGAAGUACUCAGUUUGGAAACAAGGUCUGCAGGGCAGAGCAUCGCUGUGGUCGGAAAUUUCACUUCAAUCUUCGUCUUUUCGCAACUCUUACUUGCAAUGCUUUGCCGGCUUAAAUAUGCAAUCUUCUUUUUUUACGCUGGAUUGGUCUUCAUCAUGACUGUGUUUGUUUUCUUAUUUCUGCCGGAGAUGAAGAAUGUACCAUUGGAGAGGAUUGAUCAAUUGUGGAAAGAACAUUGGUUUUGGAAGAAGAUAGUUUCUGAUGAAAUGCAAACCCAUGCAAAUUCAGAAACUAGCAAUGUAGAUUGUAAAUAGAACAAAUUAAGAAGUUCUGUAACUUGAUUUCCACUACUUAAUGUUGGCUUGUUAAUUCUCAUUAAAUAUCAAGUUUGAUACCAAUACAAUCAAGAACAACAGAAAUAGUCUGACUUCAAAUAACAAC